AUGCGUCCUUCUCUCGUUUUGCUCGCCAGUCUGGCGAGCUCGGCUCUCGCCUACCCUACCGAUAUGGCUGUUGAACGUCGCACUCUCGGUCUUCUCGCUGAGAUUCUCGGUGAUGUGACUGUUGAUGUGACUUCCAUCCUCAGCGCCGUGCUCGGUCACGGCCACUCCUCGGGUUCCCUUCUCGCUGGUCUGAGUGCCGAGGGUGCCGCCGCUCUCGAGGGUGGUGCUCUUGGCUGCAAGGCCGGUGCCAUCCACGCCCACGCCAAGGCCGCUCUGAAGGCUUGGUUGCUGAUCCAUGCCAAUAUCGACAUUUCUCUCAAGAAGUCCCUGCUCGCCUGGUGCGAGGGUGACGAUGAGCUCACUCUCUCCGCUGAUGUCCUGGCUGCUCUUUCCGUCUACAUCCCCGGAUGUGCUGACCUCGCUGCCAAGGGCCAGCUCUACGUUACCAUCGACGGUAUCUUCGCUGCCUCCAGCCUCGAGUCUGCUCUCGUCCUGAGCGUUGGCGCUCAGACUUCUCUUUCUGCUUGGCUGGAAGCCCAGGCUGACCUUCACGUUGACAUCAAGGCUGGCCUUGGUGUGUGCGCCGCUGGUGGCGUUAUCGGCUCUCUUUCCGCUGACAUCAGGGCUUCUCUCCUUGCCUGGAUCAACGGUGGUGAGUGUGAUCUCAGCGCUGAGCUCAAGGUCUCCAUCCUUGCCUGGAUCAACGGCCACGCUGGUGGUGAUCUCGUUGAGAUUGGUUCCCUUGCUGAGAGUGCUCUCUCCACCAUUUCCGUCGGUGCCUCCGUCGGUGUACACGUCGAGGAAUCCGGUCUCCUGUCCGUUGGUGGCAAGGCUUCGCUCGCUGCCUUCCUCAGUGCUGAUAUCUCCGCCAACCUCGGUGCCGAUAUUCUGCUCGGUCUUCAGGCCGCUGCUGAGGGCCAGCUCGCCACUGCUAUUGAGCUUGACGUGCGCACCCAGCUCGCCAUCUGGCUCUCCGGUUCCGACUGCACCCUGGGCGUUGAGCUGAAGGCUGUUGUUCUCCUUUGGCUGUCCUUUGCUGUCGAGGCUGAUGUCUCUGUCUCCCUUGACCUUGUUAGUGGUCUCCUCGGCGAUGUCACUGGUAUUCUCACCGAGACUCUCCUCGCUGGCCUCAGCGUCGAUCUUCGUGGUGCCCUCUCUGUUUGCGCCUCUGGCGGUAGCAUCGCUGGUCUCACCUUCGAUGCCCGUACUGAGCUUGCUGCAUUCCUUGGUGGCUGCUCCAGCGUCGACAUUGAUGUGAGCAUUCAAAUCAUCAUCCUCCAGUGGUUCACCGGCUGCAGCAUCCCCGGUGCCCCCACCCCAUCCUCCUCGGUCCCCAGCCUGCCUUCCAGCACUCCCUACAAGCCCAGCACAUCGGGCGUUCCCUCCGGCCCCGGUGCCUCCAUCUCUGUCUCUGUCCCUGUCGGUACUCCCGUCCCUAGCGGCCCUGCUUCCUCUGGUCCGGCUCCCUCCGGCCCCGGUGCUUCCAUCUCUGUCUCCAUUCCCAGCGGUCCUGCUCCCUCUGGCUCCAUGCCUGUGCCUAGCGGUCCCGCUGCCACUACUCCCUGCGACACCGAGACCUCUGAGAUCGUUGGCUCCACUGUGAUCCCCGGCGGCCCCAACGGUGGCUCCACUGUUGUUCCCGUUGUUCCUACCGGUACCGCCCCUGCUCAGACCCCCUCCGGUGUUGCUCCCACUGGUGUUCCCGGUGCUUCUGGCUCUAUCUCCAUCCCCAGCGGCCCUGCUCCCUCCGGCCCUGCUGGAUCCAGCCCCGUGCCUAGCGGCCCCGCUGCCACCACACCCUGCGACACCGAGACCUCUGAGAUCGUUGGCUCCACUGUGAUCCCCGGCGGCCCCAACGGUGGCUCCACUGUUGUUCCCGUUGUUCCUACCGGUACCGCUCCUGCUCAGACUCCCUCCGGCGUCUCUCCCACCGACACCCCUGCUGCCAGUGGUCCCGCUCCUUCCGGCCCUGCUCCUACUGGUUCCGUCCCCGGCGGCUCCGCUGGCACCACUCCUUGUGACACUGAGACCUCCGAGAUUGUCGGUUCUACCGUGAUCCCUGGUGUCCCUGCUCCCUCUGUCCCUGCUGGAACCACCCCCGCUGGCUCUGUUCCCGCCCAGACUCCCUCCGGCGUCUCCCCCACCGACACCCCUGCUGCCAGUGGCCCCGCUCCUUCCGGCCCUGCUCCUACUGGUUCCGUCCCCAGCGGCUCCGCUGGCACCACUCCUUGUGACACUGAGACCUCCGAGAUUGUCGGUUCUACCGUGAUUCCCGGUGUCCCCGCUCCCUCUGGCACCGCUCCCGUCCAGACUCCCUCCGGCGUUUCUCCCACCGGUGUUCCUGCUCCUUCCGGCCCUGAGGCAUCUGGCUCUGUCCCCAGUGGUCCCCAGGGUACCGGUUCCGUGCCCUCUGCCCCCUGUGACACUGGCUCCAGCCCUGCCCCCACCAGCCCUCCCACCAUGCCCUCCGGCGGUGGCUCUGGUCAGGAGGUUGUCACUGUCACCGCGACUGUGACUGCCACUGUCUGCGGUUGCGAGUAA